AUGAGGCUGAAGCGCUUCCCAAGUUAUAACCCGCAUCUGAACUUCCCGCGGCGGCAGCUCAAGUAUCAGCAGGAGCUGGGCACUGGCUGGUUCGGCCAGGCGCUGGUGGGGGAGGCCCGCGACCUGACGGCCGAGCCGCGCACCGCCGUGGUGGUGAAGGCGCUGCGGGCGGGCGCCACGCUGCCCGAGCAGAUGUACUUCCUGCACGAGAUGUCGUACCUGCGCGACGCCAACCACCCGCACGUGCUGCGGCUGCUGGGCCGCUGCGUGGAGGCCGACCCCUACCUGCUCAUCCUGGAGCGCUGCGGCAUGGGCGACGCCAAGGAGUUCCUGCAGUCGCGGUCUUCGGAACAGCGGCAGCUCCUGCUGGACACCAUGUCGCUGAACAAGAUGGCCAUGGACGCGGCUUCGGGACUUCAGCACCUGCAUGACAUUCAUUACACGCACAGUGACUUGGCUGCGCGCAACUGCCGCAUCAUGGAGAACUGCACGCUCAAGAUUGGCGACUACGGCUGCAGCAUCGACAAGUACAAGGAGGACUACUACAUCGCCGGCGAGGUGGCGCUGCCUGUGCGCUGGUGCGCGCCGGAGAUCCUCGAGUGCACGCCCUCCACCAUCGAGACCAAGGAGAUCACCAAGUCGUCGAACGUGUGGUCGCUGGGCGUGCUGAUGUGGGAGCUGCUGACGUUCGCGGCCAUGCCGUACGCGCCGCUCUCGGACGAUGACGUCAUCCAGCACGUGGUCAUCGAUCGCACCGUGCAGCUCUCGCGUCCGAAGCUGAGCACCGGCUCGCCGCACACAGACCGCAUGUACCAGGUGAUGCAGCUGUGCUGGAUGUCGGCCUCGCAGCGGCCGACUGUGCACAGGAUCCACGCGCUGCUCGCACAGCUGACCGUGCCGCCCAAGGACGACUUUGAGGAGAGGUGGGAGGCGUUGCGGCCGCGCGGCAGGGCCGACGGCGGCUCGGGCUCGGACACGCCCGAGCCGGGGCCCUCGCAGCCGGGCAGCCUGGACUCGGAGCUCCACGACGCCCUGCGCAGCCUUGACCGCAUGCUGGCCGACGAGGAGACGCUGUCGCCGCGCGUGCGCGAGCAGUCGCGGAGCGUGCAGGACUUCCUGACGCUGACGGCGCCCAUGGACAGUCUCGAGUACUCGAGCGAGCGCGCCGACAGUGACGAGCCGGCGGACGGGGACGAGGCGCCACACCUGACGAGCACGCCCAGAGCUCACAGCCCCAACUUCAGCGAAUACAUCGACUCGUCGUACCAGAGCGCGGUUGACACGACACCGACGCGGCCCGAGGAGGAGGCCGCGAUGGGCAGUCGGCAGUCGGCGCCGGCCUACGCGGCCGUGGCCACCACCGAGGCGGACGCCGGCGGCUCGCCGGCGCGCAGCCCCUCGCUCAGCUCCACCUUCGGCCACAGCACGUGCGACGAGCUAGCCGAGCUGCCCGACGAAGACGAGGUGCGCUCGCUCGGCUCGCGCGCCGAGCUGGCGCCCUCCAAGCUGUGGGAGUCGGCCGACGACGCCGGCUCGUCCAGCCGGCCGGUCGUCGUCGACAACGUCGGCACCGCGUCGUUCCGCGCCGACCCUGAGAGUGGCGCCGGCGCCGGCUGCGCCACCGCCGUCGUCGACGACACGAUCAGCGAGGGCGAGGAGGAGGACGACGACUGCGAGCAGCGACCUCCCGACCAAAUACCGGACAGCUGGCGCGAUGAGGACGACGACUUCGUCGAGCGCGACAACUUCUACUAG